AUGGGCUCAUCCACUACCAAAGCGGCCCAGCCUCUCUACCGAGAUAGCUCGAAGUCGAUCGAUGAACGGGUGGCGGAUCUUUUGAGCCGCAUGACUUUAGCCGAGAAGGCUGGGCAACUCUUUCAUAAUAUGCUCCUUCCUGGGCCUGGAGGAUCGCUUGCGCCAGCGCACCUGAUGCUUGGAAUGGAAGACACCAAGCAGCUUCUGUCAGAGAAAUUCAUGACCCAUUUCAACCUUUUUGGGCCAGUUGAAGAUCCAACCCAUAUUGCUAAAUGGCAGAAUGCCCUUCAAGAACAUGCUCUCAAGCAAACUCGUCUGGGAAUACCUGUUACAAUUUCCACCGAUCCGCGCAACCAUUUCACGCAUCACAUCGGGACUGCGUUCAAAGCUGGCUCUUUGAGCUUAUGGCCCGAACCCCUGGGCUUUGCAGCUCUCCGUGAUGCGGAUCUCGUUGAGCGGUUUGCAGAUAUCGCUAGACAGGAAUACAUCGCCCUGGGUUUGCGUGUGUCUCUGCACCCGCAGGUCGAUUUGUCGACAGAGUAUCGAUGGGCUCGCAUCUGCGCUACUUUCGGCGAAGAUGCCGAUGUCUCCGGAGAACUUGUUCAGGCUUACAUUCGUGGGUUCCAAGGUGGUAAGGAUAUUACCUCUAGCAGUGUCUCUACUAUGACGAAGCAUUUCCCUGGUGGUGGUCCACAGAUGGACGGAGAGGAUCCUCAUUUUGCCUAUGGACGUGAGCAAGUUUAUCCUGGAGAAAAUUUUGAAUAUCAUCUCAAGCCCUUCCGAAAGGCCAUCGAGGCCGGUACACGCUAUAUGAUGCCAUACUACGGUAUGCCGAUAGGCACCCAGUGGGAAGAGGUUGGCUUUGCCUUCAAUAAAGCCGUUAUGACCGGUCUCUUGCGAGAGAAGCUCGGCUUUGACGGGAUUAUCUGUACCGACUGGGGUCUUAUCACAGACACUGCAAUUUUGGGUCAAGAUAUGCCGGCUAGAGCUUGGGGUUGUGAGGGCUUGACUGAGAUCGAGCGGGUCAAGAAGAUCCUCGAUGCUGGCUGUGACCAGUUUGGAGGAGAGUCGCGUACUGAUCUGAUCAUUCGACUGGUGGAAGAAAACUUGAUUCCUGAAUCUCGAAUUGACCAGUCAGUCAGCCGCAUAUUGCGAGAGAAAUUUCUUCUUGGUCUUUUCGAGAAUCCUUUUGUUGAUAUCGAAAAGGCGGGCAAGAUCGUUGGGCAGUCCAAAUGGAAAGAGGAGGGAGAACAAGCUCAAAGACGAGCCUUUACACUUCUGAAGAAUUCGAAGAGCAUUCUCCCACUCCAAAAAGAGGACAAUAAUGGCAAGAAAGUCUAUGUGGAGGGUAUCAGUCAGGAAAUUGUUCAUGAUUGGGGAUUCGAAUUGACUUCCGUGGAAGAUGCAGAAAUUGCAUUCUUGCGCCUCCAAUGCCCUUACGAGCAUCGCACUGGUGCUUUUGAAUCGUUUUUCCAUGCCGGAUCUUUGGCGUUCUCUGCGGAGGAACAGGCCAGACAGGCGAAGAUAUUCUCCCAAGUCCCCACCUGUAUUGUGGAUGUGUAUCUUGACCGACCAGCCGUCAUUCCAGAGAUCGCAGACCAAGCGACCGCUUUACUGGUGAACUACGGUAGCAGCGAGAGUGCAUUCUUUGAUGUCAUCUUUGGAAACACUCAUCCUGAAGGCAAACUUCCAUUUGACCUUCCUAGCAGUAUGAAGGCGGUGGAGAAAAGCAAGGAGGACCUCCCCUUUGACACAGAGCUCCCUGUUUUCAAGUACGGCCAUGGCUUGAAAUAUUGA